ACAGUUAGUUCCAAAAAAUAUCCUAAUUGCGUGAUCGACGCGUGCAUUAGUUCUGUGAUCCCUGGGUACAAAAAAGAAGAUUUUCCUGUGUUCGAAAAAGAAGAUUUUCAAUUGAUGUCAAAUAUAAAUAUAUUCACACAUAUGUCAACUUUAAAUGACAUGUUUAUAUUAUUAUCUGUCAAUUUAUACAGAAUUUUUAUCUAUUUAUUUUAAUGAAAUCGAGAAGAUAUUACCAAUAUAUUGAAAAAGACGAACACAUUUUGAGUAAGAAAUGGAGGGUGUUGCAUAUCAUUUUUUUCAUCGCUAUCCUCGCAUCAUCAAUAAUAGCCGCAGACUCUUUUUGUGACAUAUUCGAUAUAUUCAAUUACCGAUGUGUACUAUUCGCUCAAGUAUCCACGAACUUCAUGAAUAUUGUAUACAAAAAUCAAAGUACCGAUGUCAAUAGUGGAGGAAAUGAAAAUCAUACAGAACCUGAAUUAAAUGUCCUCCGAUCAGUUCUAAACGUGGAUGAAAAGCAAAACGGAUUUGAAAUGUACAGCAAAAACGUUUUUUAUAUUAACAAAGCAGUCAAAGUUCCAGGGGCUAAAGAUAUGUACGUAAUGAACGAAGAAUUAUGGAUAGAUAACGAAAAUAUGACAGGUAGAGCUCACGUAGAUAUGACGAGUACAAUUUUUGAAUCUGUACUUUUAUGCGAUUUCAUCGCUUUUGUACCUUUCUUUUCUAUAAUCAUAUCAGUAUUCUUUAUAAUGGUUGUCGUAAUGUUUUCCAGAACAGGAAGAAGAUCAUUGGAAUCGGUUCCUCCAGCUCAUUUGUACGUACUUCCUUUAAUAGUGGUAGCAGGUAUAAUGACUGUUUUGUCAGUAAUAUCCACCAACCUCCUUUUUAAUGGAUUGGAAGUAUUUUGUAGAUUUUUCGAACAUUUAACAGGAAAAACUGAAUGUUCUCCCUACAUGGAUUACUUCACAAAAGAACAGAGGAGAGGAUACAGACAUCUUUAUUUCCAUAUACUAGCUUGUAAAAAAUCUUUCUUGGCAGCUGCUAUAUUUUGGAUAUGCCAGUUAAUUGUAGGACUGCUUAGAGUCCUCACUGCUGACGAUUACACCUUCACAACGGUUCUGAUAGAAUCUAAAAGUAAAUUGCAUGAAGAGGACGCCGAAGAAAUAUUUCUUAUGCAUUGGGAUUCAGUAGCCGCUCCUCAGUUAGCUGCCGUGGUAGAGAAAUUAAAAAAGGAAUAUGUUGAAAAUCAAUAAUCCAAAUAAAUAUUUCACCAACAAA